UUUCAUUAUGUUUUAUGGUGUCUGCACACUGUACACGGCCACGGCGCAUUUUUAAAAUGGCAAAUUCUGCUCUUCGCCUGAUCUUCCAGCGCUCGUCUCUGCUAAUUUUCUCUGGGAGCUCUACAAAUAGCUUAAUCCCGUCAAGAAGCCGAGAGACUUAUGUGUCUUUGAAGAGACAGUUGUCUUCAUUUUUGAAUUCAAACUCUCUCGUAGAAGCAUCGUGUCACAGGAGUAUUUCAAGUACUACGUCAUUGGUUUUGGGGAAGGUCAUUCAAGGUGACAUAGGACGACCAACGUCUUGUGAUAAAGACCUCGGAUUUCGUUCAUACAGUUCUUUUGAACACGGCUACUCACAGAAUUUAGGAACUGACAAAGCAGAGAAAGGCAGUGAAAUGGCAGACAUUGAGGCAAGUGGUGCAACUGUUCCAAACGAUACUUGGACUGUUGAAUCUCUGGAACUACAUAAAAAACUUACAAGUGACUUAAUAGAACACGGAAAUGGUGACUGGAGUAAACACAAGAAUUUAUUAUACAAUGGUGAAAGGAGACUCUUCACAAAAGCAAUGGUCACGGAAUAUCCGGGUAAAUUUUUUGAGUAUGAAUUUUUCUUCAGCAAAAAGGAAAAGAGACUUAAAGGAGUGAUUCAGUUUGGACCAUACACUCAGGGACCUCCAGGAUGUGUCCAUGGAGGUGCAAGUGCUUCAAUGAUGGACGCCGCCAUUGGUGUCCUUGUGAACAGGACUUCCUCUUUCUGUGAACAUGUUAGCAAAGCGAGCGAGGCAGAGUUUACUUGCUACACAUCAGUCGUAUGCAUUGUGGAAAAUUGUAGCAAACGAAAGAGGUUUGCGGCAAGGUCUGAAAGAAUAGCCUUGCGGAAAAUUGUACGGAUGACAUUCGGCGGAAUCGAGAGUUCUCAUGCUUUCGCGGCUGCCGUCAUUGAUCAUCAUCAAAUCAUCGACAGAAUCGAUCAAGUUCUGAGGCUCGCUGACUGUAGUGAAAAAGGACAAGAUCAAAUUGUAAGGUAA